UCCAUAUUAUUUUUAUUUUUAUUUUCGCACCUCUCUUUUGCUCCCCUCAACCCCUCCUCGAUCGCGAAUGCGCACACAUAUUGGCCCUCAUACUUCCACACUCGGCGACGAUAUGGCGGCCGUCAACGGCUCAGGCCCUACCAGAAUUCCCAUUCUGGGGAAGGAGAAUAUCGUUGUCGAUUAUGGCAUUUGGCUCUCCUAUGUGACUCACGACCUGUUGACGAACAUCAAAUCCUCGACCUACGUGCUCCUCACCGACACAAACCUAUCCCCCCUCUACGUUCCGCAAUUCCAACGAGUCUUCCAUGGCGCUGUUGCCGAAGCUGGCCAGUCGGACAAUGUGCGCCUUCUGACCUACGCAAUCCCUCCCGGCGAGUCAUCGAAGGGCCGCGAGACCAAGGCCGAGAUCGAGGACUGGAUGCUCUCCCAGAAGUGCACCCGUGAUACCGUUGUUAUUGCACUCGGAGGCGGAGUGAUCGGUGAUAUGAUAGGCUAUGUUGCCGCUACCUUCAUGCGCGGAGUUCGUUUCGUCCAGGUCCCGACCACUCUGCUCGCCAUGGUAGAUUCGUCCAUCGGCGGCAAGACAGCCAUUGACACCCCAAUGGGCAAGAAUCUGGUCGGCGCCUUCUGGCAGCCGCAGAGGAUCUACAUAGACCUGGCAUUCCUCGACUCACUGCCGGUUCGCGAGUUCAUCAACGGCAUGGCCGAGGUCAUCAAGACUGCCGCCAUCUGGGACGAAGCCGAGUUUGCUUCAUUGGAGGAGAACGCAGCCGCCGUCCUAACCGCAAUACGCUCCAACCCAGCUGAUCAAGCCGGUCGCUUGGCUCCGAUCCGUCACAUCCUGAAGCGCAUCGUACUUGGGUCCGCUCGCGUCAAGGCCGAGGUCGUGUCUUCGGACGAGAGAGAAGGGGGGCUCCGGAACCUGCUGAAUUUCGGGCAUUCCAUUGGUCAUGCCAUUGAGGCCAUCCUUACUCCUCAGCUUCUCCACGGAGAAGCUGUUGCCAUCGGCAUGGUGAAAGAGGCCGAGCUAGCCCGCUUUCUUGGGGUUCUCCGCCCUGGUGCGGUUGCUCGCCUUGUGAAAUGCAUCGCAAGCUACGAUCUACCGACCUCCCUUGAGGACAAACGCGUAGCGAAGCUUACUGCGGGCAAGCAAUGCCCCGUCGACGUACUGCUGGAGAAGAUGGCCGUCGAUAAGAAGAACGAUGGCCGUUCCAAGAAGAUUGUCCUACUCUCCGCCAUUGGCAAGACUCAUGAGCCGAAAGCCAGCGUGGUUGACGACCGAGCUAUUCGCAUCGUCCUAUCAGCAUCUAUCCGUGUCAGCCCCGGCGUCCCCAGUGGUCUUUCUGUCACUGUGACCCCCCCUGGGUCCAAGAGCGUCUCAAACCGCGCUCUUAUACUUGCUGCUUUGGGUGAAGGAACUUGUCACCUGCGCAACCUGCUUCAUUCCGAUGACACCGAGUACAUGCUGUCGGCGAUUGCUCAGCUUGGCGGGGCUACGUACUCAUGGCAGGAUGCCGGCGAAGUUCUCGUUGUCAAGGGCAAGGGUGGGAAAUUGACCGCCAGCAAGGAGCCCCUCUACCUGGGCAAUGCUGGUACAGCCUCGCGCUUUCUCACAUCGGUUGUUGCGCUCUGCUCCCCCUCCGACGUCUCUUCGACCGUUCUUACCGGCAACGCCAGGAUGAAGGUCAGACCGAUAGGUCCCUUGGUUGACGCCUUGCGUUCAAAUGGCCUGAAUGUCAAGUACCUCGAGAAGGAGCACAGCUUGCCUGUGCAGGUGGAUGCUGCCGGCGGGCUCGUUGGCGGGAUGAUAAAGCUGGCGGCGACCAUCUCUUCCCAGUACGUCUCAUCGCUGUUAAUGGCAGCUCCGUAUGCGAAGCAACCCGUCACCUUGCAGCUCGUGGGCGGGAAACCCAUAUCUCAACCAUACAUCGAUAUGACCAUUGCCAUGAUGGCGUCCUUUGGUGUGAACGUGCGAGUCGGCGAAGAAAACACGUACUAUAUUCCCCAAGGAGUGUACAGGAACCCUGCCGAGUAUACGAUUGAGAGUGACGCCAGUUCUGCCACCUACCCCCUGGCCGUUGCAGCGAUUACUGGGACGACCUGCACCAUCCCCAACAUCGGAUCCAAGUCCCUCCAGGGAGAUGCCCGCUUCGCCAAGGACGUGCUGCUGCCUAUGGGCUGCGCUGUUGAGCAGACCGACUAUUCCACCACCGUGACGGGCCCGCCGGUCGGCUCAUUGAAGGCACUCGCUCACGUCGACAUGGAGCCCAUGACAGAUGCCUUCCUGACAGCAUCGGUCCUGGCAGCUGUCGCCGACGGCACGACCCGGAUUACCGGGAUCGCGAAUCAGCGGGUAAAGGAGUGUAAUCGAAUUGCGGCCAUGAAGGACCAGCUAGCCAAGUUCGGAGUGCAAUGCGCAGAACUACCCGAUGGAAUCGAGGUCACCGGACGGCCCUACAAGGAGUUACUGGAUCCCCAUGGCGGUGUGUUUUGUUACGAUGACCACCGCGUGGCCAUGAGCUUUAGCGUUCUGUCUGUUCUGUCCCCUCAUCCCGUGCUGAUACUUGAACGCGAGUGCGUGGGCAAGACGUGGCCGGGUUGGUGGGAUGUCUUGUCGGAACACUUCAAGGUCUAUCUCGAAGGCGUAGAGGAGCAGCAGCCGAAGGCUAAGAAAAGGGACGCCUCCAGGUCGAGCAUCAAGCGGUCCAUCUUUGUCAUUGGGAUGAGAGGUGCUGGCAAAACCACUGCCGGAGCCUGGAUAGCGGAGAGCCUGAAAAGGCCAUUUGUCGACCUGGAUGUCGAGCUGGAGAGGAGAGAGGGUAUGACGAUCCCUGACAUGAUUCGGGGCGACCCUGGUUGGGAAGGCUUCCGGAAGGCCGAGCUCAAUGUCCUCGAGGAUAUGAUCAAGAAUCGAGCCGAGGGUCACGUCUUCUCCUGUGGUGGUGGUAUUGUUGAGUCGCCUGAUGCUCGCGAGAUGCUUACCGCUUACCACCGAAGUGGUGGAUGUGUCCUUCUGGUCCACCGAGACACCGACCAGGUUGUUGAGUACCUCAUGAGAGACAAGUCGCGCCCGGCGUACUCGGAGAACAUUCGCGAAGUCUACGAUCGACGGGAGCCGUGGUUCCAGCAAUGCAGCAACUUCCAGUACCACAGCCCGCACGUGGAUGUCUCGGAAACCCUGCUCGAGGCUCCGCCUGACUUCACUCGCUUCCUGUCCGUCCUGUGCGGCACAAGCACGCAUAUGGAGGACCUGAUAGAGAAGAAGCACUCGUUUUUCGUGUCGUUGACCGUGCCCAAUAUUACAUCAGCCAUGGACGUCAUCCCUCGCGUGGUCGUUGGGUCAGACGCUGUCGAGUUGAGGGUGGACCUGUUGGAAGACUACUCCCCCGAGUUCGUCGCAGCCCAAGUUGCGCUGCUCCGGUCCCUCGCCAAGAUCCCUAUUGUCUACACGAUCCGUACAGUGAGCCAGGGGGGUCGAUUCCCGGACGGCGAGCACGAUUUGGCUCUGAGACUGUACCUGACCGCCCUGAGGGUCGGAGUGGAAUUCCUGGAUCUCGAAAUCACAAUGCCGGAUCAAAUUAUCCAAGCGGUGACUGAAGCAAAGGGGUUUACUCGCAUCAUCGCUUCGCACCACGAUCCUCAGGCCAUCUUGUCCUGGAAGAACGGGGGGUGGAUACCAUUCUACAACAAGGCACUGCAACAUGGCGAUGUCAUAAAGCUUGUCGGCGUUGCUCGUGAGAUGGGGGAUAACUUUGCUCUUACCCACUUCAAGUCGAGGAUGAUGGCGGCACAUGGUGUUCCGGUUAUUGCUCUGAAUAUGGGAGCCGUGGGCAAGCUGAGCCGGGUGCUCAAUGGAUUCAUGACUCCCGUUUCGCACCCCGCCUUGCCCUCAAAAGCGGCACCAGGCCAGCUCUCGGCGGCUGAAAUUAGGCAAGCAUCAGCUCUCAUUGGCGAACUUGAACCGCUCUCCUUCUACCUCUUCGGCAAACCCAUAGGGUCGUCGCGCUCUCCGGCGCUGCAUAACACGCUGUUCCGAGACACUGGCCUACCGCACAACUACUCCCUCUUCGAGACGGAUCGUGCAGAGGAAGUUAGCGACCUCAUCCGAUCAUCGCACUUCGGCGGCGCGUCCGUGACGAUCCCCCUCAAGUUGGACGUCAUGCCGCUGCUAGACGAAGUGACCGAGGCUGUACGGGUGAUCGGUGCCGUGAACACCAUCAUCCCAAUCCAGGCUGCUGGCGGGGAGCAGCGACGCCUUCUGGGCGAUAAUACCGACUGGAUGGGCAUGGUCUUUGCCCUCCGCUCGGCAGGGCCCGUCAAGCGCACCCGUUCGCCCCCUGGCGGUGGCAUGGUUGUAGGCUCUGGUGGCACAACGCGGGCCGCCAUCUACGCCUUGCAUGCUCUCGGCUACUCGCCUAUCUACAUCGUGGCUAGGAACCCGGACCGCGUCAGGAGCCUUGCCGACUCCUUCCCGUCCGACUACGACAUACAGGUUCUAGAGGGAGCCGAGCAAGCGGCCGGCUUGUCAACCUCCAUCCCAAGUGUCAUCAUCACCACCAUUCCCGCUGAUAAGCCUGUCGACUCGAACAUGCAGGAGGUGCUGGUGACUAUUCUGCGACACCCAAUGGCUGCUGCUGGCGGAAGAACCAGGGUCCUGUUGGAGAUGGCGUAUAUGCCGCGGCAGACGCCGCUUAUGCAGUUGGCAGAGGAUGCCGGCUGGCAUACAAUUCCCGGGCUGGAGGUUCUCUCCGCCCAGGGAUGGUAUCAGUUCCAACUCUGGACCGGCAUCACGCCGUUGUAUUCGGAUGCUCGGUCGGCUGUGACGGGAGAUGUAGAGAAGUAAGACGGUCACAUUCAACAAAAGGUACAAAAGGUGCGGACGGGUUUUUGAUACAAGUAGGUAGAUAUAGACGUAGUCGUCACUCUAGCGGCGGUGCUUACUGCUGACCCUGGAGAAACAAAUCACUUUCCGAAAUCGCUCUCCUGCCGACGUUGCAGUUUAUAA